AUGAAGAACACUAGACACCCACACAACAAGUCAAAAGACUUAACUCGGCUCACUCCUUUACUUGCUGCUGCGAGGCCCAGCCACCCUAUCACCACCCACACAAAGAGGUCCCACCCGAAUCGGGUGGACCACUUGAGGGUGGACGCCAAAUUAACACCGUGUGGAGACAAAGCCGAUGGGAAAUACCAGGAGUUUGUCCUCUUCAUCGUUCAGUGCAGCACCGUGUGCAUGUUGAUGAUGGCGGGUGGCGUCUUCAUCGGAUAUUAUCUUCACAACAAGAUUCAUGGUUACAUCACUACCCUCGUCACGGUGACCUAUAUUUUGCUCUUGGCUAUCAGAAUGGAGUGCCUACAAAAUUGGGAAGGAGACACACAACCUCCGUCUGUCUGCCAAAGUUGGCACGGUGCCCUGAUAAACGACGAUCUGACCGCAACUCCCACCGUACAACUUAGGGGCAAUGCUGGGAGGCUUGUGUUUGAAGCUGCUUUGAUCCACAAGGCGUUGAUCACGACCAACGCUUAUGUGAUAGCCAAUUUUCGUGCUAAUACUGCUGAGGGUGUUUCCAAUCCUGUUGCGGGUGUUGCUAAUACUGCUGAGGAUGUUGUUAAUACUGUUGAGGGUCUUGCUAAUGAAGCUGAGACAGCGUUGGUCGUGAUCAACGCCUUGUGGAUCAAAGCAGCUUCAAACACAAGCCUCCCAGCAUUGCCACUAAGUUGCACUCCAGUCCAUAUGAACAACCAGCCUUCUGGUAGCCAAGAGCAAAAUAUAGGUCACCGUGACGAGAGAAGUGAUGAUAUAACCAUGAAUCUUGCUGUGGAGAUAAUAUCCGAUGAAGACGCCACCCGCCAUCAUCAACAUGCACACGGUGCUGCACUGAACGAAGAAAAGGACAAACUCCUGGUUUGCAUAACAAGAAUUCUUUCCUUAUCUUUGAAGCUGGCAGAAAUUUUUGCACAGGAUGCUAGGAAAAAUGUAAUUAUACCCUUGUAUAAUUACAAGGGUAAGGUCUGCGUACAAUUGACCCCCCAGACCCCAACCUGUUGGGAAUAUAUUGGGUAUGUUAUUGUUGUUGUUGUCGUUUUGGCUGCAAAUGACCUGCCUUCUAUUAAUGAUGCAACAUACUCUGAGUUAGUUGAGAUUAUAGCCAAGAUAAUAGCUGUUGUGCCUGUUUUGACUGAUAAUUGUCUUCAUGCUCUCAGAGCAUACUGCUUAUACUUUUUUUGCAGUCUCACAUUAGUAUUACUGUUUAUGGGCAGGGACGUGGAAUAG